CGCGUGUGCACCGCGACGGGAACGCGACAACCGAGGUGAUCCUCGUCUCGAGACGCGUCUUCGCGAGCUCGAUCACGCGCGCGCGUCUCGCGCACAACGCGCGGCGGCGAAGUCGGCAGCGCGUGGACGCGCGCUUUUCUCGGCUUCUCGUCUGCGAAGCGCGGGACGCUGCGAACGCGUCGGGGACCGCGGGGCCGGUGAUCGCGCGCGCGCGCCGCGUCGACGUCGCCCGACCCGGACGUCAUGUCUAGCGGUUUAGAGCUCCGCGUCGGGAACAAGUACCGCCUCGGUCGCAAGAUCGGGAGCGGGUCGUUCGGCGACAUCUACCUCGGCACGCACAUUCAAACCGGAGAGGAGGUUGGCAUCAAGCUGGAAUCCGUCAAGACGAAGCACCCGCAGCUGCUGUACGAGUCCAAGCUGUACAAGAUCCUCCAGGGCGGAACCGGCAUCCCGAACGUGCGAUGGUUCGGCGUCGAGGGCGACUACAACAUCAUGGUGCUCGAUCUCUUGGGCCCGAGCCUCGAGGAUCUGUUCAACUUUUGCAACCGCAAGCUGUCGCUGAAGACGGUGCUGAUGCUCGCGGACCAGCUCGUGUCGAGGAUCGAGUACGUGCACAGCAAGAGCUUCAUUCACCGCGAUAUCAAGCCGGAUAACUUCCUCAUGGGCCUCGGCAAGCGCGCGAACCAGGUGAACAUCAUCGAUUUCGGCCUCGCGAAGAAGUACCGCGAUCCCAAGUCGCAUCAACACAUUCCGUACCGAGAGAACAAGAACCUCACCGGCACGGCGCGAUACGCGUCGAUCAACACGCACCUCGGGAUCGAGCAGUCGCGUCGGGAUGACCUCGAGUCGCUAGGGUACGUGUUGAUGUACUUCCUCCGCGGGUCGCUGCCGUGGCAAGGACUGAAGGCGGCUACGAAGAAGCAAAAGUACGAGAAAAUCUCCGAGAAGAAGAUGUCCACGCCCAUCGAGGUCCUGUGCAAAGGGUUCCCGCCCGAGUUUGUGACGUACUUUCAGCUGUGCCGGUCCCUGCGCUUCGAGGAUAAGCCGGACUACUCGUACGUCCGCAAGCUGUUCCGCGAUCUGUUCAUUCGCGAGGGGUAUCAUACCAACAGACGCAGGCGCUGACGCGGCCGAGCGCGGGGCCGAGCGGCGGCGGCGGCGGCGGCGGCGGCGGCGACCGCGGGCACCCGAGCGCGUCCGCGGCGGAGCGCACCGCCGCGCUCGAGAGCGCGCGUCGUCGAAACGAGAGCUCGAAAGAACGCGGCGGCGACGGGCGAGAGCGGACGUCGAGCAGAGAACGCGGGGGCGCGAGCGGCGGCGGCGGCGGCGGCGGGUACGGCGACGUCGACCGCGGCAAGAGCAGGGGGGCGACGGGGGGGUCGUCGCGGCCUCGGGACGACCGCGCGUGAGCGAGCGACGAUUCGCAUUCGCGAUGACGGACGGACGACAUGACGUACGUUAUAGAGAGAGGAGGGAGAGAAGAGAGAGAACGCCGCGAUGAGGAGAGAGUCGGGGGCGAUCGCGAGAGACGGGACGGGGUCGGUCGGGGGCGAUCGAUCGCGCGGACGGCGGCGGGAGGAUGAACGACGGGGAUUCGGGUCGGGGAUUCGGGUAGUCUUCUUACGCUUACACGCGGUUCAGCACGACGGCGGUAGGCCCGCGCUCGCGAUUAGCACGCGAACGCGAGGGCGUGUCGUGCGUUUGACGCGCGUAUCUAUAAUAACAUACCACAGAUGAAGAG